GAUAACGUUGUGCAAUGAAAAAAAAAAAAAAAAAAAGGAAAAAACGUGUAACUUAAGAAGCAAUGAAACGCGGAACGCACGUACGAAAAAAAAAGAGGCAAGCCAAUGCAAAGAACUGCUUCGGUUAAGUUUUUUAAAGCAUAUCCUAUGCCAUGUGAUCCCUUUUCGUCUGUGCAUCCAAGGCAUGCGUAAAAUUUAAGCAAACGUGUGAGCGAAUGCUGAGGGGCACAAUUUGGCGCAAACGUGCGCGCGUAUGUUGGAGCAUCCCCUUUUGCAAGUUAAAUUGACAAGGUUUGUACCGUUGCGUGCUGACUUGCUCCAUUUGGGUGGUAUUUUUUUCCGUUGGCCAUUUUGCGUUGCCGGGUUGUUGGUUAGCCGCCGCUGCUGCCGCUUUGACGCCGUUGCCGUUUUGACGCUGUUGCCGCUUUGCCCUUGUCUGGGUCCACUGCGCGCGGACAGCCCCCGCGGGACUGCCAACUGCCAUCGCCCCACGCACAAAUGGAAGUAAAAUAACAAAACAUGAAUUACCCAGAGGACACUUCGCACAUGACCAAAUGGAUCUUCAAAAGCAAAAACGAGGUGGACGAAAUAUGCCUAAAAAAGUACAACGACUUUAAGGAGAAAUUUAAAGACCACAAUGUGAGCAUCCCAAAAUAUGCCGAAAUUGAAAAAACGAAGCUUUACUUUUGUUACCAACUGACGCACUUUUGUGAAAUCAAAAGACUGAAAUCGCAAAUAGUGGAAUGCGCAAUUGUGCUGUACAACAGAUUUUACUUAAAAGAAAUUAUAUUGGAGUAUGACCCACGUAUUUUAAUUUUCACGUGCAUAAUCUUAGCAAUAAAGUUGGAAGGAUAUGGACGCUUAUACAAAAUGAACGAUUUUUUUAACGACAUUGACAUUAAUUUGGACAAAGUACUUGAACAUGAAAAUGUCGUAUGCUCAUCUCUCGAUUUUGAAAUCAACUUUUUGUACACAAAAGAAUGUAUCUUUUACUUAAAAAGUAAAUUCCUAAAUUAUAUAAAUAAAUAUAUAAACAAAGAUAACGAAAUACAAAAUUCAUUUGAAAAUAUUUGCAAUCAAAUUUACGUCAACACAGUACAGGACUGCUUAAAAAUUAUCGAAAGUUUUACCAUUACAUUUACGUAUACACCUGCACAAAUAGCACUCUACUGCUUUGUAAAUAAUAUAAAAAUUAAUUUUAACAUAGUCAAUGCUGAUAAGUUUAUUCUCGAAUUUAUUACCAACAAUAAUCAAAUUCUUUUUCAGAAAUUGAAAAACAAAAUUGAUGAGCUCCAUGUAAGGUAUAAGGACCACCUCGAUUUGAGGAACACCUUUGACGAUGAAAACACAACUAGACAGAUCGGAGAAACGUUGGACAUGUGUAUUGAUAUUUACGAAAUUUUAAAAAAAAAAAAAAGCAGCAAAAAAUCGAAGAAGAAAAAGUUAAGCAGCGAGGAUUGUGAGCGGGGGGAGGCCGCCAAAAGGGUUGACAUGAAGUAGAUACGUCAAAGGGGGGAAAAAAGGCGAAAAAACGUACACAUAGCCAAGUGUUCAUCUGAUAAACACAUUUGGAGAGGAUCUUCCCCCCCCCGCGAAUAGUAAUUUUACAUUGUAACGCUGUACUUCGCCUGAUGAGCCUCCUUUUUGCGAGUAAUGGGAAAAUUCGUGCCGAUUCCAUGCCUGCGUUUCUGCUUAAUCACGGGGGGUAUACUGUUCCAUUUGUGCUGAAACGUGUGUGUCCAUAUGCAACAGCGCGGGAAGC